AUGCAUAAGAUCGCUUCUAUUCCCGGUGACGGCAUUGGCCCAGAAGUGGUCUCGGCCACAAUUCAGGUCGUCAACAAGCUCGCCUCGAAGCUGGGCUUCCAGAUCGAGUUCACCCAUCUUCCAUGGGGAACUAAGUACUACAAGGAACACGGCCAGUUCAUGUCUGACGAUGCCCUGGAUAUCCUUCGCAAAUUUGAUGCCGGCCUUUUUGGCGCUGUUGGCGAUCCUGACGUCCCCGACCAUAUCUCCCUCUGGGGCUUGCUGUUAAAGAUCCGCAGUCCACUUCAAUUGUACGCCAAUGUCCGUCCUGUCCGGACUUUCCCUGGAACCAAGAGUCCCCUCACCACGGCUAAAAACGGCAUCGACUGGGUGCUUGUGCGUGAGAACUCCGAGGGCGAGUACUGCGGACAAGGAGGACGCAGCCAUAUCGGCCACCCGUGGGAGGCAGCUACUGAGGUCGCCGUCUUCACCCGAGUGGCGAUUGAGCGGAUUAUGCGGUUUGCCUUUGAGACCGCUCGCUCGCGGCCACGCAAGAAGCUUACGGUGGUGACGAAGAGCAAUGCGAUGCGCCACGGCAUGGUCCUCUGGGACGAAGUGGCUGCAGAGGUGGCCAAGGAUUUCCCCGACGUUGACUGGGAUAAGAUGCUGGUUGAUGCGAUUACCAUCAGGAUGGUUGCCGAGCCGGACUCGCUGGACACAAUUGUUGGGACAAACUUACAUAUGGACAUUCUUUCGGACCUGGCGGCAGGCUUGGCCGGUUCAAUCGGCGUGGCCCCAAGCAGUAAUCUUGACCCUACGAGGAAGAAUCCGUCGCUAUUUGAACCGGUGCAUGGCAGUGCAUUUGAUAUCACGGGCAAGGGAGUUGCGAACCCAGUGGCUACGUUCUGGUCCUCCGCUGAGAUGCUCUCUUGGCUGGGAGAGAAAGAUGCAGCAGAUAAGCUGAUGGGCUGUGUUGAGCGAGUCUGUGAGGCUGGCAUCCUUACAGCGGAUUUGGGAGGAAACGCGAAGACACAGGAUGUAGUGGACGCCGUAUGUGCAGAGAUUGACCGGCUCUGA